GCUGGAAGGCCGCACUAACCAAUGAGCUCUUGCCACAUCACAGACCCCACCCUCAAGCCGGUAGCGGCCUCCGCCACGCGUCGCUGACCCGGAACUAAAGGGCUGCGCGGCGCCGGAUUCUGGCGUCAUUCUACUACAGCGAUGGCGGCUCAGGGAGCAGCUGCGGCGGUUGCGGCGGCGACUUCAGGGGUCGCGGGGGAGAGCGAUCCCGGGCCCGGGGAGAAUGCGGCGGUCGAGGGGACCGCCCCGUCCCCGGGCCGCGUCUCUCCCCCGACCCCGGCGCGCGGCGAGCCGGAAGUCACCGUGGAGAUUGGAGAAACGUACCUGUGCCGACGCCCGGACAGCACCUGGCGUGAGGGCGGGGCCCAAGGCCAGGGGGCGGGGUCUGAAGAUUCUGCUGAAGUGAUUCAGUCUCGAGUGAAUGAUCAGGAGGGCCGAGAGGAAUUCUAUGUACACUACGUGGGCUUUAACCGGCGACUGGACGAAUGGGUAGACAAGAACCGGCUGGCGCUGACCAAGACAGUAAAAGAUGCUGUGCAGAAGAACUCAGAGAAGUACCUGAGCGAGCUGGCGGAGCAGCCUGAGCGCAAGAUCACUCGCAACCAAAAGCGCAAGCAUGAUGAGAUCAACCACGUGCAGAAGACCUAUGCAGAGAUGGACCCCACCACAGCAGCCUUGGAGAAGGAACACGAGGCGAUCACCAAGGUGAAGUACGUGGACAAGAUCCACAUCGGGAACUACGAGAUCGAUGCGUGGUACUUCUCACCGUUCCCCGAAGACUACGGGAAACAGCCCAAGCUGUGGCUCUGCGAGUAUUGCCUCAAGUACAUGAAAUUCGAGAAGAGCUACCGCUUCCACUUGGGUCAGUGUCAGUGGCGGCAGCCCCCCGGGAAGGAGAUCUAUCGCAAGAGCAACAUCUCCGUGUAUGAGGUCGACGGCAAAGACCACAAGAUUUACUGUCAGAACCUGUGUCUGCUCGCCAAGCUUUUCCUGGACCACAAGACCUUGUACUUCGACGUGGAGCCCUUCGUCUUUUACAUCUUGACUGAGGUGGACAGGCAGGGGGCCCACAUCGUUGGCUACUUCUCGAAGGAGAAGGAGUCUCCAGAUGGGAACAACGUGGCCUGCAUCCUGACCCUGCCCCCCUACCAGCGCCGUGGUUAUGGGAAAUUCCUCAUUGCUUUCAGUUACGAGCUCUCCAAGCUAGAGAGCACAGUCGGCUCCCCUGAGAAGCCGCUGUCUGACCUGGGCAAGCUCAGCUACCGCAGCUACUGGUCUUGGGUCCUGCUGGAGAUUCUGCGAGACUUCCGGGGCACACUAUCCAUCAAGGACCUUAGCCAGAUGACUAGCAUCACCCAGAAUGACAUCAUCAGCACCCUACAGUCCCUCAACAUGGUCAAGUACUGGAAGGGCCAGCACGUGAUCUGUGUCACACCCAAGCUGGUAGAAGAACACCUCAAAAGUGCCCAGUAUAAGAAACCACCCAUAACAGUGGACUCGGUCUGUCUCAAGUGGGCACCCCCCAAGCACAAGCAAGUGAAACUCUCCAAGAAGUGAGUGGGCUGCGCCCCGGCUGCUGAACCCGUGCCUCCCUGCCCCCCUCCCCCCGCCUGUAAAUAUGUACAGACCUGUUAUGUCAUUUUUUUUUUUAAUAAAGUAAGUUCUGCCAGUG